GGGUGGCACCAGCUAUAGAGUAUGUCAUUGACCACAAUGACUCUAAUUUCUCAGCCAGUUUCCUUAGAGCCUUCCUCGACUUUGUUGAAAAUUGCAAACUCAAGGCGCAAACCAACCAUAACCUGAUGAUCUUGCAUUAUGCGGGCCAUGGUAUGAUGAAGAAUGGAAACUUUGCCUUCGCUGCAACUAGCGCAGCGGAGGAUACCCUCAAUGCAGAACACUUUCUCCUCAAGAAUUUGAAAGAGGCCGGCUUUAUCCCUGACUCGUAUCAUCUUGAUGUCUUGCUUAUCUUGGAUUGUUGCUUUGCGCAUGUGGCAACUCGGGCUCCAACCGUCCCGAGCAGGGUGGUCGAAGUGAUAGCGGCGACCAGUUCACAGACACCCAUGGCACGAUCACCGCCGCACAAUACAUUUACAGCUAAGCUCACAAACGAAAUAUGUCACAGAAAGCGCGCCGGACACAAAAGCAUAGAAUUUGCGGAUAUCUUUCAAACUCUGAGGUUGCAUGGGGACAAGGUCAAACCUACCCAUGCGAUGCUGCUUGGAGUUGCUUCGGUUAUCUUGCCCCUCAGUGGACCCCGGACCAUUGACCCCACCAGUAUUCCACCGGACUACACGGCACUUUUUAACGUCAGUGUCUCGCAAGACCUGACUACGGAGGAGUUGAAGCACCUGGCCACAUGGAUGCGCAAACUCCCUCGUUUUGCCGGCUUGACUAUCGACAACGUGUAUCGUACGCAGUCAAUGUGCUUCGUUAUGCGCUCCGCUCUGUCUGUUUAUGCGAAGUUGCACGGGUUGCAAGGGUAUUCGCUGAUCGCCGAAAACCCCAGUCCACCUCUUGAUCUGAGUCGUCUACUGCUACCUAGCCCUUCCUCUCCUGCACCCAAGAAGGAGAAUAUCCCAUUCAGGGGGGGGAAAUAGGUAGUUCGCUUUAGCUUAUCCUGUUUGUCAUUGCACUCAGUGAC